CCAAAGAAUGCAGCCUAGCAAGAUUAGUUAGGUUAGGGCAGGGCAGGGUACAGCGGUGUGCAAGGGAAGAAGGGGUGGAGACACACUGGCAGCUACCCUGGCCUAGAUAUGCUGCCGAGAGAGAUCUGACUCUUGGACUUUUUAACAACAGCCAUGUUCCAGCCCAGCUGAGGUCUAGCCCCGCACCCCAUGGGGAGUCCCACUCUCAGAGUUCUGCUGCUCCUCACCGCCUUCCUGCUGAACCUCCAGCUUGCUGCACUCCAGACCCACCAGCCGUGUUCCUGCGGAGAAGUCCUCACCAACUUUGACUGCAGUAUUUAUGGAGAGGGAGAUCUACCCAGCGUCUGUUCCCAAUGCCAGCACAAGCUGCAGGAAAGCCCAUCUCAGCUCUUGCCAGCCCUUCUCCUAAGCACCGUUCAGUGUUGCAAGGAUGAAAAACAGACCUGUCUGCAGGUCUAUGUGGCUCUGAACUCUACAGGCAUUGAAGGCUUAAAACUGGAUUUUCUCCUUCUACGUUCUAACCGUUACUUCACGCUUCGGGUCAUGAAAACACAGGAGCAUCAGAACAAUACUGGGGCUAAGUGGCAGAUGCAGUUUGGCAGCUUCCAGGUGGCGAGUGGUGAGCCGAUACAUGUCUCAGUGAAGACUAUUCCUUCCGGGAAGCUAAAACUCAGCCAGACCUAUACAGUCACUAAUAACCAAUCAGCACCUGAGUUCCAGUACAGAUGGGUACCAGCUUCCCGGGCUAUUGAGGUGUCUGCUCCCAAGGCCAUCACUGCACGCCUGUGUCAUAAAGUGGACAGGAUAUGCACAGAACUGCACCAAUCUUUCCAUCAGCAGGUACUGGUUUCCAAACAUCACCCUGCUGUGCUGCCGUACGAGUUCCUUCUUCCCUGUCUGUGCAUAGAGGCAUCACAUAACCACAAAGACAGCUUACGCAAGAUCGUGUGUCCUUUCCAGGAUCAGCCAAAAGCCUAUGCUGCAGAUCUCUGGUCCUCGGCGCACUUUCAUGAUUUCAGUUCCAGUGACAAAACCGAAAUGGCCAUAUUUUUGAGCGGCCGCUGCUCCUUUCACCCCACUGUCUCACUUUGCUGGAAGGAAAAUUCUGUUCCAGAGGCAACCUGUCAAGAUAUCCCCAAUUCCACAGUUCCUGUGGCCAACAAGAAUUCUAUGCCAUUUGAGUUUGAAGACCCUGACAGGCGUACAAUUCCUAUUGCAACGUACAUCAUUGGAAGCGUAGAUGUGAAUCCACAGCUCUGCUUCAAGUUUUCUUACAUGAACACCAGCCACACUGAGUGCCCACACCAGGCAGAUACUACCUGGAAUGUAUCUGUCAGUGUGAAAUUUUUGCAGCUUCACUUAAACUUCAAUUCUCGCACGCCGGCUUCCUUUAGUUCCGCCUUAUGCCAGCCGGUAUCUUCAAGCCAGUGCCAACCUGAACCCUCUGUCUAUACCAUCACCCAUACAGGGGGAUCUGCCUUGGGUGAAAUGAACCUCAUUCUUCCUUGGACAGUCUCGAGAAGUUGUAUACUGGUCUGGCGUUCUGAUGUACAGUUUGCUGGCAAGCGACUCCUGUGUCCGGAUGUUUCUCACCGACGCUGGGGACUGCUGGCCUUUGCUGUAGGUCUGGGCCUGGGAUUGCUGGCUUUGGCGAUCUUCCUGAUUCACUGGAAUACGCACAGACUCCGUAGAGACGUACCUUGCCGGCACCAUUCUCGUCCCAUCCUGCUGAUCUAUUCUCCUGAUUCAGAGGAGCACAAACAGUUGGUCUGCUCCUUUGCCGCAUUGUUGCAGUCGGCGCUGGGCUGCCCUGUGCUAUUGGACCUCUGGGAGUUGGGCCACGUGGGACGACUGGGCAUCUUGCCUUGGGUGUAUGCCCAACGGGAACUCGUGGGUCGCAAGCAGGGCCAGGUGUUACUGCUGUGGAGCGCGGGCAGUGCCAAUGCUUAUGGACUCUGGCAAGGAGAAGCAAGUAGCCCUGGUAGGAAAGCUCCAGAGCCCUACGACCUCUUUGGGGCGGCCAUGGCCUGUUUACAAGGCGAACUUCAGGGUACGGCUGGAACGGUCCAGCGAUGUGACUGGGUAAUUACUUAUUUCAAUAAACUGUGUGACCGGCGGGAUAUUCCACGUGCUCUGCGCCUUCUUCCCCGUUACCGCCUGCCUCAGGACUUGCCGGACCUGGUUGGGGUCCUGCAGGGCAACUCCAGCUCAGGACCCAGCUGGCUCCAUGCUAGUGCCAAAGCCCUUGUGUGCCAUCUGCUCAAAGCUGAGAAGAGGAGGAGUUCACGGAAACAGCGGAAUCAGCCAUGGAGUAAGAAUAUCAGGAGACUGGAAGAAUCCCUGUUCCCGCUCACUCAACCCAAGGCACAUGGGCCAAGCUGCGCUUGAGGACUGUGGACUAAAGGUGUACUGCAAAAUGGGAUUGAUCCCACUGGUUAUCCGUAGGCAGAAGGUAUUCAUUGGGCCUCAGAGGAGUUGGCUUCUUUAUGGUGCCUAAGAAAUGGCAUCUGUAAUCAUCUUGGCCGGUAAAUCCAAUGCCACCAAAAAUAAUAAUAAUGGAAGGAGUCCAGCUCAGCUAAACGUAAAGCAGAGAGAUUUCUCUGGAUGUGCCAGAGAAACCCACACACACACAUCACCUGGUGGUCAUGGCAACGGUUGCCAUAGAGGUGAGAGGGUACUGCGAAGAAGAGGUCAUGGCCUUGCUGCUGAAAGCAGGAUGGUGCAAUAUGAACGUUGUGGGCACAGGGGCUGCUUCCUAGAAAAUUCCUCCUGGAGGAUAGUAAGCUUGUCAAAAGGCAGCCAGGUUAGGCUCAGGGAAGAGGAUCUUUAGUCCAAGCUAGAUGGACUAAACGAAGAGGCUGAAUUCUUGCUUUGUUCAACGUCCAUCACUUCAGGACUCUAACCCACAGAAGGUGGAGAGCAACUUUGACACCUUUCAGAAUGUUCGGUUUUUUUUAUUUUUAUUUUUGAAACAUGGGUCCUUAACAUUUCUACUUGUGGAGACACAAAGACCAGCACGAAGAAGCCUGCGGAUAGCGAUCUCCUAGAUCAGUGAUGGUUAACCUUUUCUGGACUUCAUGUGCGUGUGCACCCCCAAAAUGCAGUGCACACGUGGCCCUGCGCAUGUGCAUGCAGGGACCCCUUGCGCAUGCUCAUGCAGGGACCCCCUGCGUGCACCCUACCUUCCAGCUGGAUGGCGGGAGGUGCGCGCACAUGCAUGGCAGAGCUGACCUGGGGCGAUGGCUCACGUGCCCAUAGAGAGGGUGCCGCGUGCCACCUCUGGCACGCAUACCAUAGGUUCGCCAUCACAGUCCUAGAUAGUACACUAAGGGUUGUUCUCCACUGUUGAGUAGAGGUUCUCUCCAUCUACUAUGAGCUGGCAAAAAUGCUAUACCAACAGGGAGUCAGCUGUCCCCAUUACCAAUUCUAUCCCAAUUCUGUCGCCUGUCAGUGCAGUCUCCUGACUCCCUUCAAGGAAAUGGGGUGACAAAGACCCAACAGAUUUUAUGCCCCUUAGAACCGCUCUGGAGUGGGUCAGAAAUAUGUGGGAAAACACUAUUUGAACACCAAUACAGCUGAAAAAGAAUCUAGCUAGAGAAGAUAAGUCUUUUUCCUCAUACGGUGGGGACAAAAUGAUGGCAGCAUCAAGGGGAUGUCACAGAACAAAAGGUCUUCUCAGAGUGCGUUGUUGCUGUGGGACAAGCAAGUGGGAAAAGGACUUACAAAGCCAUACAAUUAGGUGAAUUUAAAUGUAAUCAGCUACCCGCUUGCCUUGCUUUUGACAACUCCGUUGCCAAACCAGCAAAACAAGCACGUUGCUAGGAGAGUUGUAAGAUCUUUAUUUUGUUUUGGGUGUUUAAUCUGCGGAGGUUGUUGUUGUUGCUGCUGCUCAGGUGGUACAUCUGUCCUUGGUGCUGCUAUCUUGAAAUACAAUAAUAAAGAUGACUUUUAAAGGAAAUUUCAAAAUCCAAAGGGCUCUUUUCUGCUUCAGGUAUCUACAACACUGUACUGAUGGUCUCUUAAAAAAUAGAAACCUUGAUAAACUAAAAUCACCAUGCCUUAUUUAGAAGUAUUUCUGCAGCCCUCGUGGCUUUGAAAGUAAGCUCGCCAAUCUUUUCGAUGAAUAACCCCCCCUGAUGGAAGGGCUGUCUGUGUUAUCCCAUAAUGCAGCUUUAGCCAACUUGUGGCCUUUCAAAUAUGUCGUGUUUACAGCUUUCAGACCUAACCAUGUUGGUUUAGAAUUCUGAUUAGAUCCAACAUAUCUGGAAGACAACAGAUUGGAGGACAUUGUCCUAAUGGCUUCGGACAGUUGGCUCUUCCAUUUAAAAUAGUUUUGUACCUCAGGGUCUAUUAUUGUUUAUUUCUAUUUAGAUCUAAUUCUAGAUCCACAUACACAUGCAUAUCAUUCACAUAUACAGGUAGGCCUUGACUUACGACCACAAUUGAGCCCAAAGUUUCUGUUGUUAAGUGAGAUAUUUGUUAAGUUAAUUUUGCCCCAUUUUUAUGAUCUUUCUUGCCCCAGUUGUUAAGUAAGUCACUGCAGUUGUUAAAUUAGCAAGAUGGCUUCCCUAUGGACUUUGCUUGACUGAAGGGUGCAAAAGAUGAUCACGUGACCCCGGGACACUGCAACCGUCAUAAUAAAUACAUGCCUGCUACCAAGCCUCCCAAUUUUGAUCAGGUGAGCGCAGGGAAUGGUACAAAGGUUUUGUAAGUGUGAAAAAUGGUCAUAAAUCACUUUUUUCGGUGCUGUUGUAACUUCAAAUGGUCACUAAACAAAUGGUUGUAAAUCAAGGACUAUCUAUAUACCAUACAGGGCUUGAGUUGUUGCUUUUGUUUUACUUAUAUGCUUUUCCAUUUCAUCGUUCAAAUGACCCAAUACAAUAAAUGUAUAAAUAAAG